AUGGGCCCUCCCUUCGCCGAUCUGGAACCGCCGCCUCCUGGUCCCCCAAGCCGACAGAUAAUGUACAUCGCGGAUGAGGACCAAACGAUACGCUUCGUUGGGUGCGAGAUCGUUUGGUGGCGCCAACUUCUGUGGCGCAUAUGUAUCAUACUCUCCUUUGGCAUACUCGCCCUGCUCGGUCACUGGAUCCCUCGAAUAUGGCUGCGAUGGGUGACUAGGGAGAAGGCGUUCAAGGAGCUUGGUGAAGGACUCAUUAUCAUUGAGUCUGCUUUCAGCGAUGUUACGUUGUACCCUGUUCGCAUCGUUGACUACCCCUUCCAUGUCACCACCGUCUUCCCUACCGUUCCUGCCAUCGACCAGUCCAACGAGAUGACGAAUGGCUGGCACGAUAACUCGAGCCCUUCCUAUGACGAAGACACCCAGAUGCUCAAGCAGCUCAUGGUUGUGGACUACCGCUACUCUCGCUUCGCCCUGGAUCCGAGAACCGGGUUGUUCAGUAUGGUCCGCGAAUGGCGAGACCCAUCGUGGUCGAGCGUUAAGGCCGUAGAGCCAGGCCUCGAGGAACCUACCCGCAAACAGCGCAACAUCGUUUUCGGCAAUAACGACAUCGAGAUUGAGGGAAAAUCCACCAUCGGGUUGCUGGUCGACGAGGUUAUACACCCGUUCUACGUCUUUCAGAUCGCGAGUGUUAUCCUGUGGUCGCUGGAUGAUUACUACUACUACGCGUUCUGCAUUGCGUUGAUCUCGGUGGCGAGCGUGACGAGCACGCUGAUUGAGACGAAGAAGACCAUCGCGAGGAUGCGGGAGAUGUCGCAGUUUUCAUGCCAACUGGAUGUCCUUGUUGACGGUGUUUGGAUGGAGCGCGACUCGACAGAGCUGGUGCCAGGCGAUAUCAUCAACCUCUCCAGGUCGCAUAUCACGAUGUUCCCUGCCGACAUGUUCCUGCUCUCUGGUGACGCCAUUGUCAACGAGAGCAUGCUUACUGGCGAGAGCGUACCUGUCAGCAAGAUUCCGGCCAAGGACGACGAUCUCGUGCAAUGGCGGGAGCAAAAGGAGGAGAGCGGGAAGUCCUUCCUCUAUGCGGGCACUCGCAUCAUUCGGAUUCGCAGCGUGAUGACUGCGGACAGUACUCCUGGGCGCCCGGCGUUGGCGAUGGUUGUCCGUACAGGCUUCAACACCACGAAGGGCGCCCUUGUGCGGUCUAUGUUAUACCCGAAGCCAAUUGGCUUUAAGUUCUAUCGCGACUCUGUCCGCUUCAUCUGCGUGCUGGCAGGUAUUGCUGGAUUGGGCUUCGCUGUGAGCGCGGUGAAGUUCGUCGAGAUGGGGCUCAAAUGGCACACCAUCGUCGUUCGUGCUCUGGACCUGAUCACCGUUGUUGUCCCGCCUGCCCUCCCCGCUACCCUCUCUAUCGGCACCAGCUUCGCCAUCGGCCGCCUCCGCAAGCUCGGCAUCUUCUGCAUUUCGCCCACGCGCGUCAACGUCGGCGGCAAGAUCAACGUCUGCUGCUUCGACAAGACCGGCACGCUCACCGAGGACGGGCUCGACAUCCUCGGCGUGCGCGGGCAGGAGCGUGGCAUCAACCGGUUCGGCGAGCUCAUCGAGGACCCGGUCGAUAUUCCGAUUCCACUGGGCAAGGAGAAGUGCUCGUUCCUGCAUGCGCUGGCGACGUGCCACUCUUUGAAGGUCAUCGAUGGAGAGGUUAUUGGGGACCCGUUAGAUGCGAAGAUGUUCGAGUUUACGCGGUGGACGUUGGAUGAGGGGCGUGCGGCGGGGGUGGGGGCGAUUAAGGACAAGUCGGGCCAGAUUGUGGAGCAGGCAUCGCUGGUGCAGGUCGUCGUCCGUCCGCCGGGUAGUGAAAGCUUCAAGCUUGAGGAUGCCUUGAAGGGCGGUGCUAAGCGCGCCCACUUUUUGGAACUCGGCGUGAUCAGGACCUUCGAGUUCGUCUCGCAACUGCGCAGGAUGAGUGUUGUGGUCAAGCGCCUGCGUAGUAGCAGCAUGGAGAUCUACGUGAAGGGUGCGCCGGAAGUCAUGGGUGACAUCUGCGAGAAGGAUUCCUUCCCGACCGACUACGACGAUCUUCUCUCGUACUACACCAAGCGCGGCUACCGUGUCAUUGCGAUUGCAGGCAAAAGCAUUGAAGGUCUGACUUGGCUCAAGGCCCAGCGCAUGAAGCGCGAGCAAGCCGAGUCCGGCCUCCGCUUCCUCGGCCUGGUCAUUUUCGAGAACAAGCUCAAGCCCGGCACGACGCCAGCCAUCCAGGCCCUUCGCAGCGCCCACUUUGCCUGCCGCAUGAUCACCGGCGACAACCCGCUCACUGCAGUCAGCGUUGCCCGCGAAUGCAGUCUCAUUAGCCAGACCUCGCAGGUCUUCGCCCCGCAGUUCGUGCGCGGUGGCCCGAAUGUGCCCUCCGCCAGGCUGGAAUGGUCGUCCAUGGAUGAUAUGUCGUGGAAGCUGGAUAGCUACAGCUUGAAGCCUCUCCCUCCUCUUCCCCAUCAUGCUGUGGACCCGGACGCGGGUGCGCAAGACUUCGCGCUGGUGGUGACCGGCGAUGUGUUCCGGUGGAUGAUCACGUAUGCGCCCCUGGAAACGCUGCAACGAAUGCUGGUAAAGGCGCAGAUCUUUGCGCGCAUGUCACCGGAUGAGAAGAACGAGGUCGUCGAACGUCUGCAGGGACUUGGGUACUCUGUACUCAUGUGCGGCGAUGGCGCGAACGACUGUGCGGCGCUGAAGGCAGCGGACGUGGGUAUCUCCUUGUCGGAGGCGGAGGCCAGUGUGGCGGCGCCGUUCACGGCGAGCACGCCGGAUAUUGGCUGUGUUAUCGAGGUGAUCAAGGAAGGGAGGGCAGCUUUGGUGACGAGCUUCAGUUGCUUCAAGUAUAUGGCAUUGUAUUCGCUUAUCCAGUUUACAUCGGUUACGCUGCUGUACUCCUUUGCAUCAUCUUUGGGAGACUUCCAGUUCCUGUAUAUCGACUUAUUCAUCAUCAUUCCUGUGGCCAUAGCAAUGGCGCGUACACUGCCCUAUCCCCGCCUUCAUCCGACUAGGCCAACCGCGAGCUUGGUAUCCAAAAAGGUGCUCUCCAGCAUCAUCGGACAAAUCAUCAUCACCGGCGCCGUGCAAGUUUGGGCUUUCCUGUGGGUCAGAGACCAAGACUGGUAUACUGCGCCUCACUCAGGCCCCAAGGAACACGGAAAUAACCUGCAAUCGCGGAACUACGAGAACUCCGUCCUCUUCUUGUCAUCCGCCUUCCAAUACAUCCUCAUUGCAGCGGUCUUCAGCAUUGGUCCGCCGUAUCGGAAGUCCAUGUACACGAACGCAUGGCUCAUGGCCGCAUUGCUAUUGUUGACAGCGUUCAACGUAGUGGUGUUGUUGGUGCCGCCCCAGCCAGUGGCCGGCCUGCUCGACUUGAUGCCGUUACCAAUGUCGGGGCGAUGGACGCUCCUGGUCGCAGCACUAAUCAAUGUGGUAGCCUGCGUGGUUUACGAGAGCUGGGGUGCGCAACUAGUCGCCCAGGCGGUGGGUCAAGUGAUGUCUGCUGUGCGAGGGUCUCGGGGGAGGACGCGGGUGAGGGAGGGGAAGACGUACAAGGCUGUCGAGGGGUCCAUAUAA